CCGUCCUCAAUCACCGCACACCCAUUCCACCUCCUCCCACAAUCCACGCACUCCUUCUCCUUCCUUCCACCGGCCUCUCCGCAACCAACCCAGAUGAUGCUUAGGGUUUCCCCGUCCCCGGCCGCCGCCGCCGCCGCGGCCAGCCAUCCGUCUGCACCUGCCGCAGCCCCCGCUUCGGUCAGGGUGGCGGCGCCGCGCGUCUCGCCGCCCUUUGGGACGGCUUGCAGGGCCGCCGGGAAGGGCAAGGAGGUGCUCAGUGGGGUCGUCUUCCAGCCCUUCGAGGAGAUCAAGGGGGAGCUCUCCCUCGUGCCCCAGACACCCGACAAGUCCCUCGCGCGCCAAAAGUUCGUCGACGAAUGCGAGGCCGCCAUCAACGAGCAGAUCAAUGUGGAGUACAAUGCCUCCUAUGCCUACCACUCCCUCUUCGCCUACUUCGACCGUGACAACGUCGCUCUCAAGGGAUUUGCCAAGUUCUUCAAGGAAUCAAGUGAUGAGGAGAGGGAGCACGCUGAAAAGCUCAUGAAGUACCAAAACACACGUGGAGGGAGGGUGAGGCUCCAGUCCAUUGUCACACCCUUAACAGAGUUCGACCACCCUGAGAAAGGCGAUGCUUUGUAUGCUAUGGAGCUGGCUCUGGCUCUGGAAAAGCUGGUUAAUGAGAAGCUGCACAACCUGCACGCUGUGGCCACAAGGUGCAAUGAUCCUCAGCUGACAGACUUCAUCGAGAGUGAAUUCCUUGCGGAUCAGGUCGAAGACAUCAAGAAGAUCUCCGAGUACGUUGCCCAGCUGAGGAGAGUGGGCAAGGGGCACGGGGUGUGGCACUUUGACCAGAAGCUGCUUGAGGAAGAGGCCUGAAGGAAGGAAACACCGUGGAGUAGGGUUGGAAGGUGCUCAAGGAAAGAGGAGUGAGAUGACAAAGUUAUGCAGCGGGGGUAACCAAGCGCUGGGUGAGGGUCUUUUUCAUUGGGUGUAGGGUUGUAGUAGCAGUAGGACUUUUGUUGCGUAGAUGGUUCCAUGGCCUCCUGCAGGGAACAUGAUGCCUGAAAAGCAGUAGAACUUGUGAUGUUAUUGCUGUGGUUUGGGGUGCUCUGUUGCCAUUGCCACCCCUUGGGAUUAUUGGAAAUAAAACAUGGCGAUAUGUGUUGCAAUCUUGAUGAAUAAAUGGUACCCCUUCUCUGAUA